AUGGCCGACGAGAUUGCCCCCGAGUACGACGCCAUCGUGCUGGGCACAGGGUUGACCGAGUGCAUCCUGUCGGGUGUGCUCUCCGUCAAGGGGAAGAAGGUGCUGCACAUUGACCGCAACGACCACUAUGGCGGUGAGGCGGCUUCCCUCAACCUCGAGCAGCUCUUCAAGAAGUAUGGCAACUACCAGCCGGGCACGGAACCGUGGAAGCAGUACGGCCGCCUGAACGACUGGAACAUCGACCUCAUCCCCAAGUUCCUCAUGUCGUCGGGCGAGCUCACCAACAUCCUCGUCUCCACUGACGUCACCCGCUACCUCGAGUUCAAGCAAGUCGCCGGUAGCUAUGUCCAGCAGGGCGCUGGCUCCAAGGCCACUGUGGCCAAGGUGCCGUCAGAUGCUGCCGAGGCCCUCAAGAGCCCGCUGAUGGGCAUCUUCGAGAAGCGUCGCAUGAAGACGUUUAUCGAGUGGAUCGGCCAGUUUGAUCCUAAGGAUCCCUCGACACACAAGGGUCUCGACAUGAGCACGUGCACCAUGAGAGACGUCUACGAUAAGUUCGGCCUGGAAGCCCCGACCCGCGACUUCUGCGGGCACGCCAUGGCGCUCUACCUAACUGACGACUACAUGGACGUCCCGGGCGGCGCGCCCGAGGCGAUCGAGCGGCUGCGCCUGUACGGCAACAGCGUGGCGCGCUACGGCAAGUCCCCCUACAUCUACCCGCUGUACGGGCUGGGCGAGCUGCCGCAGGGCUUUGCGCGCCUUAGCGCCAUCUACGGCGGCACCUACAUGCUCAACACGAGCGUCGACGAGAUCAUCUACGAGGGCGAGAAGGCAGUCGGCAUCAAGGCUACCAUGCGCGGCAUGGAGCCCGAGAUGAAGUUCGAGACGCGUGCCAAGAUGAUUCUCGGCGAUCCGAGCUACUUCCCCGGCAAGGUGCGCGUCGUUGGCCAUGUCCUGCGUGCCAUCUGCAUCUUGAAGCACCCUAUUGCCCAGACCAACGAUAGCGAUUCGUGCCAGAUUAUUAUUCCACAGAGCCAGGUUGGUCGGAAGAAUGACAUUUACAUCGCCUGCGUCUCCUCGGCCCACAACGUCUGCCCCAAGGGCUACUGGAUCGCCAUCGUGUCCACCAUCGCCGAGACCUCGGCCAACCACCACCUUGAGCUGCAGCCGGGUCUGGAGCGCCUGGGCAAGAUCGAGGAGCAGUUCAUGGGCCCGCCGAUCCCCCUCUACGAGCCCAUCAGCGACGGCCGCAGCGACAACAUCUACAUCUCCAAGAGCUACGACGCCACCUCGCACUUCGAGACCACUACUGACGAUGUCAAGGAUAUCUAUCGUCGUCUGUCGGGCGAGGAGCUCGUUGUCGAGGGGCUUAGGGAGGGGAUCCAGGUUGCUGCAGAGUAA